GAAAGGAAAAUAGACGAGGAAGUCAUGAAGGCUACUAUCAGCUUUGAUCAGUUCUAUGGAGAAGAUACUGACCUGGAGGAGUUUAUGCCGUUUGACCAUCUGCUCCGAGUGGUCGAUAUCAUUAUCAUUUGCUAUGAUUGCUCGGCACCCGAGACUCUUCAUAAUGCCAUAUACAAGGUCAGUAGUGACAUCUCAAAGUGGCAUCCAAUCAUCAUGCGCUUUACCGGAAAGGCUCCCAUAUGUCUGGUUGGAUGCAAAUGGAACAAUCGCCGAACUUCUGAUGAUCGAUUGUUGGUUGAUCGCCGUCACUUUGUUACAAAGCAGCAGUCACAGGCAGCGGCUCGUCAAAUUGAGGCAACGGGUUCAUUCGAAUGGUCUGAAGACAACGACCACAAUGCUAUGGCACUGACGCGGGCAUUGUUCUGGAAUACGGCUAUUAGAAUGUCUGUUCCUCGUCACAAUGAUUCACGGCAGGGCCAUCAGAAACCCAAUAUACCCCUCACGGUUUUAAUUUUUGGCGAUAUGACAUUGUUCAGUAUUCCUGUACAGACUCAUUAUGUUCAACUUCAACUUCCGAUCGCUGCUUCGCCAAUUUGGCCGGAUGGCAGACCCAAACUCGAGCAUCAAUCCCAGCAGGACCACCCUCCGGAGCACCAUAACUUUCUCCUUCCAGAUGAAGCCAUGAAGGAAGAGGGCGUAGAAGAGGAAGGAAUUGUCGGCCUAAACGUCGGUUUCAUGACUUAUCGACGAGAAACCCACGACUUAUACAUAAGAGUAACCCUGUCGCAAACUCUGGGCGAUGUUAUCGUGAUCUGUUACGACCCUUCGGACCCUCAGACGCUUCAUAAUGCCAUUUACAGAUGGUACCCUUUCGUCCUACAUUUCAUGGUAUCGGCUCCCAUUUUCCUUGUAGAGUGUCAUUUCAAACCUCAAGCGAGUUUAGGUGGUCCCCAGCAGGAAGGUGCUGCUGUUUCAAGACAAGAAGCCGAGAACGCAUGUCGUCAGACUGGAGCGGUAGGUUUAAUCGAAUGGCACGAAGAGGAGAAAUCAUUUGAGGAGAUGGCGGAGGAGGCGUUGAUCUG